UCUCCCAUGGAAAUAGUUCCACUCAUAUCAUGAGAAACAAGAAAAGAGAGAUUUCCUAAUUCUUUAGGACCUCUAAGACCCAUCACCCAUGUUCGAAACAUCUAUUUCACUUGCUCUCUUGUGGAAAGCGCUGCAAGUGAUUCCAAACCAGUAGCAAACUAGAAUAGAAGUAGACCAACUGUUUGCCAAGACACCUUGAGGGUCUUAAGUGAUUUGAGCCUUCAAGCCUUCAGGGCAAGAAGGGCGAAUUGAUCAGUGGUGAUAGUGGUUGCUGCCAUGGCUUAGCAAACCAGUUGCCCAAAGACCAACAGUUCAAGAAAAAAGAGGUGCAUGCUUCUCACUGAGCAUAUCUCUGGCUUUUGAGUUAUGGGAUUAAUGAAGAUACCACUAACAUAGUAACAUACUGAACCACAAAGAGAGUGAAGCUUUUGUAUGUGAUUAUAGGAGCUGUCAUGCUGUCUUUGCCAGUGAGAAGACAAAUUUGUGCUGCAAGUGACAGAAACUAUUGAAAAUUGAAAUAAAGAAACUUUCUGAUAUGUUGAGAGUCAAUAUUGGAGGAUUAACAAAUGUACGAAACCUAAGCCAAAUGAUGUACUAGAAACGAACCCAAAGUUUUUUCUAAUUUUUUAUGUUUGUUACUAACUGCUACUUGGUCCAGUUAAUGUUGGAUUUUUACUGGAAAUUGCUUUCUUCUUGGAGUCACUGGAUUUUAGUUGCCAAGUGUUAGUGAUUGGGCGGGUGAUCUAAGUACUUGGGAAAGGAGUUUUCAGUCUUUUAGUUUUUUUUUUUCACCAAUUAGGACCCACCUUAAAUAUUUAGGUUUUAAGUCUCAAUUUCAAUUGUGACUUGUGAGCCAGCGAAAAUCUGGACUGUAUUUGUGCUUUCAAUCUGCAGUCAAGCUGUUAAGCAUUUAACUUGGUAACCAAAAGAGCCCAUAACUUGUAGUUCAACAUUUUACACUGCUCUUCAUCGACUCUUGAAGCUGAUUCUACAUAAUAAUGAUCAUCAAUAUUAUACAAGGCAUUCUUCCAUGCCAACUUCAGUACACACUUAUAUGUUAAAGGACACACACACACACAAAAACUUUAAACACGCACAAAAGAAAAGCACAAUAAACAAGAAAAGUCCAAAUCUCGGACCAAAUAUUGGUUGUCAUCUCAAUUGGUGUCACCCAGAGGAAAAGGCGGCACUACCUGUUCAAAAUUAAAGGGGAUCAAACUUGAUUUGGCUCAUUCAUUAUGGAUACGAAUGCAAAAAUAUACUAGUUGUAACUGAGACUUGAGUUAUUUUUAUAAUUUUCCUUCGAUAAAUGAAACUCUUAAUUUCUUGCACUUUAAAUUUCUUUCUUAGUUUCAUUGGACCUUUGUUUUCCUUUUAUUUUGCCUUCUUAAAUUAAGACUCUUUAAAAAGAUGUCCUUCAAUUCAGUUAUUUUUUUUACUACAAGGGAGAUGUUUGUAUGAAAGAAAAUGCUCAUUUUCUACAUUUAUAUAUGGUAUAGACAAGAAAAUAAUCAUUUUCAUGCGGAAGACAUGAGAAUAUCGAUGAAAAAGCUGGAUACUUACCAUCAUAUAAACCUUGCUACAUCAUUUGCGAAGAAAUUCCAGCUUGAUCUUCUUGAUAUUUGCCAGGACAUCUUUCAUGUUCAGCCUCUCAUUAGGAGAUUCAGCUGUGCAAUUCAAUGCCAACUCCAAAAUAGAGGACACACAAUGUAACUUUUUCUUGAAAUCAAUCUCUUCUGGUUCCAAUAAGGUGGCAUCAAUAAUAUUCUCUGGUGUUGCAGAUUGAAUUACAGAACCAACUCCUCAUGCUCAAAUUUUCUUGAAACAUUUCAUCAUAUGGCUUUUUUCUUGUGAAUGUUUCCAUGAGCAUUAUGCCGUAGCUGUACACAUCACAUCUUCUAGAAACUAAUCCUACUGAUCCAAUGUUACUAGAGUAAAUUAGUUUCUUAACAAACUAAAUAAAUGAACGAAAGUAAUAUCUUUGUAUUUGGAAGAUAUUAAAAAAAGUUAAAACUAUCUUGAGUAGAUAAAUGGUACAUUCUCUGGCUUUCACAUCUCCAGCAACCCUUAUCAGAUAUGGCAUUAUUAGUCCAAAAAUUGGGGCUUUAACUAGGGCAAAUGAGGCAUCUAUUCCGAGACCAUUAUUCAGAGUUCGGGCUGUGCAAGAUAAUGGCGGAGGGCCUUGGCGGCUAGUUGAUAUUAUCCGUGUCGUGCCAGAGAUUUCAAGAAAUUAUUUUAAAAGCCCAUCAAGGAGGGCACUAUUUGGAGGUAUGUCAUUGCUGGGUGGAUUUUAUGUGGCUCAGACAAUUUCUCUAUCUUUUGGUGCUUUAGGAGUCAAUGAUGUCAUUGCUGCUGUAGUCUGCGUCUUAAUUACCGAGUAUGUUGUGAUGCGGUUCUAUUACAGUCGGCCUAAAGUGACUUUUCCUAUUGCUCUUUUGAACAACUUCAAGAUGGGUUUUACUUAUGGUCUGUUCAUUGAUGCUUUCAAACUUGCCAGCUGAACUAAUUGUCUCAGUUUUGCAGCAGUAAGUAAAUUUUACCGUGUAGUUUCCCC